AUCAAAUUACACAUAUUACUGGGUGCAUUCCAUAUUUAAAACACAAAUAUUGACAAUUUAUAUAAUUUGUAUUAUUAUUAUUAGUAGUAGUAGUAGUAGUAAUGUUUUUUGUGUGUCUCAGGGAGCUCUAGCGCCCUCUAUUGGCUGGCCAUCACUGGUCAGGACGCACAGAUUGCAGACUAUUUAUAGUUUGGAAAAAGCUCACAAAGCAUCUUAGAGCUGACUGGCUGAUUUUUACGCGUAAAGCCUGCCUGCUGACAGAACUGAAACACUAUAUCUAAGCCCUAACAAAGCCAAGGGACUCUCCAACCCCCUGUAUAUGAGCCUCGCACCCUGAGCCAUCACCAUUACGCACAGGAGAGCGCUCACAUGCCUCCUGGUACUGGACGAGUCCUCGUGGCAGCAUGGAGCAGCGCGCAGGAAGGAGAGCCUUUGUGACUCCUGAGGACUACACUGAGGACUGAGCACUGAAACACGAGCUCCUGGCAUCUUGAACCUCACCUUUCUGAAAAUUAACUUCUCAGAUUCCCAUGCAUGCAUGCAUAUACCAUCUAUUAAUACUCCAAUGAUCAUGCCAUGGUUCACGUCGUCGUCCUCCCACGACUCCACAGGAGGAGCAGCAGGAGUAUCCAAAAGUUCCACACUCCCUCCAGUAAAGAAUUUUAGAUUUUUUUUUAUUGCUCUUUAGAUAUUUGAACAUUGGGAGCGUUCCCACCAUGCAGGCUGCUGCUGCACCCUGAGGGGGAGAUGGAUUUAGAGGUGAACGACUCGAACUGUUUGUCCCGGAAUGAGAGCGACCACCUCGGACUGUGCGCCUCCUCAUCCUCCUCUUCUUCCUCCGGAGUGUCCACUGCGCUGGCCAGCGUGCUGAUCUUCACCAUCGUGGUGGACAUCCUGGGCAAUGUCCUCGUCAUCCUGUCCGUGUACAGGAACAAGAAGCUCAGGAAUGCAGGCAACAUCUUCGUGGUGAGUUUGUCCGUAGCCGACCUAGUGGUGGCGUUGUAUCCUUACCCUCUGGUCCUGACGGCCAUCUUCCACGAUGACUGGACCAUGGGCGACCUGCAUUGCCAGGCCAGCGGUUUCAUCAUGGGGCUGAGCGUCAUCGGCUCCAUCUUCAACAUUACAGCCAUCGCCAUCAACCGGUACUGCUACAUCUGCCACAGCCUCCACUACGACCGGCUGUACAGCCUGAGGAACACCUGCUGCUACCUGGGCCUCACCUGGCUGCUCACCGCGCUCGCCACAGUGCCAAACUUCUUCGUUGGCUCGCUGCAGUACGACCCCCGCAUCUACUCCUGCACCUUCGCCCAGACGGUCAGCUCGUACUACACUAUCUCGGUGGUGGUUAUUCACUUCCUGAUCCCGCUGCUGGUGGUGUCCUACUGCUACAUGAGAAUAUGGGUGCUGGUGAUUCAAGUGAAACACCGGGUGAAACCGGAGCUAAGGACCAAACUGAAAUCGAGCGAUGUGAGGAACUUCCUGACUAUGUUUAUGGUGUUUGUGUUGUUUGCGGUGUGCUGGGCUCCACUGAACCUCAUAGGCCUGGCCGUAGCUAUAAACCCAGCGAAAGUUGCGCCCGUCAUACCCGAGUGGCUCUUUGUCACAAGCUACUUUAUGGCGUACUUCAACAGCUGCCUCAACGCCGUCAUAUACGGACUGCUAAACCAAAACUUCCGUAAAGAAUACAAGACGAUCCUUCUUGCUCUUUGCAUCCCACGCUUGCUCCUCACGGAGACCUCCAGGUGUGCCACUGAGGGACUGAAGAGUAAGCCUUCGGCUCCGGUUUUAACAAACAAUAAUGUAGCAGAGAUAAAUGUAUAAACUUGUUUUACUGGGAAACUUACGAUUAAGUUUCUGUGGAGCCUCAUUGUGGAUAUGUGCCAUGAUUCAUUCAGUGCCUUUUCACAAGCUGUAAAGACGUGAUCAUGAUUUCAUUUCAGCCAUGUCAGACACCGUUCCCUCAUGUUGAGAGGAAAAAUCAAUUGUAUCAUCGGUACAAUGCGCUCCUUUCUGACUCUGAACUUUAAAGACAGACCACCUGGUUAACAAGGAAGAAAAAAACAUUCAGUCAAUACAUACCAUUUAAAGCUUAUUAUUUGGAUGGGAGUCACUUUUCAAGCCACAUCAUGUGCACGAGAAUGACGCACUGCCUAUUUGCACAGAGCAAUUCUAAGUAUGUCAACAACAUUGUGAAAAGCGAAUAAAUGUGUUUUUUAUUCCCA